CUUUGGUCCCGGCGCUACACUUCGUGACGUGCCCUCCAGCGAUCGCAGGCACUGUCAAUUCAUCUGCUUUAUCAUUCCUUCACAAGAUCCUUCUUCCCUUCCCCUUGUGAUCCUUCCUUUAGCAGUAGGAUCAUACACCCGGGCGCUCUACUACGGUAUCAACACCCCGAGCAACUCUUCGACCUCGAUACACUUCUGCUUCUUCCACACUUCCCACCUUGUCGACAAAGCCCUCACACCGCCAGAAUGAAGAUCUUCUACAUCGGAGUCCUUCGAAACGACUCGUCUCCUGCCAUCGAACUUGCUGUUGAGCGAGAUCUGUCCUCUUUCUCCCGGUUCACUCGAGACAGCUAUGGCGAAUUCAUGACCGUGUUCGCCAAAACAGUGGCCGAACGCACUAAGCCCGGGGUGAGAUCCGACAUUGAGGAGAAAUCCUACACAUUCCACGCCUACAGUUCCAGCCUAGGACUCUGCGGCAUCAUUAUAUCCGAUGGCGAAUACCCAGCGCUCGUCGCACAUCAACUCCUCUCGAAGAUCAUCGACGAAUAUUCCUCGCAGAAUCCGCGGGCCUCAUACUCCACCAACCCCCCAAACACGAGACCAUUCCCACAACUUAAAGAGUACAUUGUGAAAUACCAGGAUCCGGGCCAAGCGGAUAGUAUCAUGAAGGUGCAAAGGGAGUUGGACGAGACUAAGAUUGUGCUGCACAAGACAAUCCAAAGUGUUCUGGAGAGAGGGGAGAAGAUUGACUCUCUCGUGGCUAAGAGUGAUGGUCUGAGCGCACAGAGUAGGAUAUUCUACCAGCAGGCCAAGAAGCAGAACAGCUGUUGUGUUGUUAUGUGAGCGUCGGGCUCUAGAACCGCGAGGAAACAACCAGGAAACUGCUGGCCUGGAACCGCCGUGUUGGAACUCGGAGUUAGAUGCUUCUGCGGGAAUCAGGUUGAGUAGGCGUUCAGGUGUUCACAUGGGACGAAUGAGAUGAGAUGAGAUGAGAUGAGACGAACUGAAAAAGACUUGACGUUGACGGCAACCGCCCCAACCAUAUCCUGCUUGACCAUCCGCAACACCAUUUCGUUCGCUGCGCCGUUCUAUACCACAAAUGCCGCUCUCAAGGGUCUAAUGGUUCUAGAGACAGACAACAAAUUCCAGAAAGCGAACUUUUCCCUCCCU